UUGCUCACCUGUGCUGCCGGAGCGCUCCCUCACAGAGCGCGCGAGCUCCGUGCAGCAGCCAGAGCGUCGGGGGCGCGCUGCCAUUCCGACACUCAUCCCCGGUGCGACGGAACGAGGCAUGCGGCAACAACCUUCGUGUUUUAACCGUUAAUACUCCUCCCACCUCUGGAAAGAAAAAGGUCCAUUUUGGGUCUUGGCUCCAAACACGAACCACCUCAGCACGGAAGCACCGUGAGUUGGCAAAGUGCAGCCGUUAACGACACGUCGACUAAAACAAACAAAAUAAAAGCUCACAACAGUUGUUUCUCUCUUGCUUUGGCAUUUGUGCGGUCCGAACCGGAGUUUUUUUUUGUACGCCGUGAACCAUGCUGGACCCGUCCUCCAGCGAAGACACCGGCGGGGAGUCCGACCCCGAAGUUGUCCAGGAGACUCCCCGAAAACCGUCUGCUAGCUCGGCGGGGAAACGUGGGAGCAACAGCCGGGCCGGGGGCCAGCGGCGACGGUCCCCUGCACCUGGAGGUGCCCCCGGCAAAGGUGCUAAGGACGGCAACGCUACAGUUGAAGAGGAAGAGGAGAGGAAAGAGCGCGAGCGGAUCCAAAAGGAGGAACAGGAGAGGAAAAUUAAACUGCAAAUAUAUGUGUUCGUCCUGCGGUGCAUAGCCUACCCGUUCAACGCCAAGCAGCCCACCGACAUGGCCCGGCGGCAGCAGAAGGUGAACAAGCAGCAGCUGCAGGCGGUGAAGGAGCGUUUCCUGGCCUUCCUCAACGGGGAAACUCAGAUCGUGGCGGACGAAGCUUUCUGCAACGCCGUUAGGAGCUACCAUGAGGGCUUCCUGAAGAGCGAGCGUGUUUCCCGGAUGGUUCAGAGCGGCGGCUGCUCGGCCAACGACUUUCGCGAGGUCUUCAAGAAGAACAUUGAGCGGCGCGUCCGCAGCCUCCCGGAGAUCGACGGCCUGAGCAAAGAGACCGUGCUGAGUUCCUGGAUAGCCAAGUACGACGCCAUCUACCGGGGGGACGAGGACAUGCGCCGCCAGCCGCAGAGGGCGCACCUAAGCGCCGUGUCGGAGCUCAUCCUCAGUAAGGAGCAGCUGUACGAGAUGUUCCAGCAGAUCCUCGGCGUUCGCAAGUUCGAGCACCAGCUGCUGUACAACGCCUGCCAGCUGGACAACGUGGACGAGCAGGCGGCUCAGAUCCGCAGAGAGCUGGAUGGAAGGUUACAGCUGGCUGAGAAGAUCGCCAGGGAGAGGAGAUACCCGAAGUUCGUCUCUGCAGACAUGGAGCCUCUCUACGUGGAGGAGCUGCGCUCGGCGGUCAACCUGCUCAUGGCCAACCUGGAGAGUCUGCCGGUGUCCAAAGGAGGUCCGGACUUCAAACAGAAGCUCAAACGCUCCACCAUGAACAAUUCCUUCCUGGACAUGGGAGACGAGGGGGACAUCCUGUCCAAGUCUGACGUCGUGCUGUCCUUUACCCUGGAGAUUGUGAUCGUGGAGGUCCAGGGUCUGAAGUCUGUGGCUCCAAACCGGAUUGUUUACUGCACCAUGGAGGUGGAGGGAGGAGAGAAGCUGCAGACAGACCAAGCUGAAGCCUCCAGACCGCAGUGGGGGACUCAGGGAGACUUCACCACGACUCACCCUCUGCCCUCGGUCAAAGUGAAGCUGUUUACAGAGAGCACCGGGGUCCUGGCUCUGGAGGACAAGGAGCUGGGCCGGGUGAUCAUGAAUCCAACCACGAACGGGCCGAAGCAGGCCGAGUUCCACCGGAUGGUCGUCCCCAAGAACAGCCAGGACACCGAGCUGAAGAUCAAGCUGGCUGUCCGCAUGGACAAACCCCCCAACAUGAAGCACAGCGGGUACCUGUACGCUCUGGGACAGAGAGUCUGGAAACGCUGGAAAAAGAGAUAUUUUGUUCUUGUUCAGGUGAGUCAGUACACAUUUGCCAUGUGCAGCUAUCGAGAGAAGAAGGCCGAGCCCCAGGAGCUGAUGCAGCUGGAGGGCUACACGGUGGACUACUGCGACCCUCAGCCAGGUCUGCAGGGCGGCCGGGUGUUCUUCAACGCGGUGAAGGAGGGCGACCUGGUGGUGUUUGCCUGUGACGACGAGCAGGACCGGAUGCUUUGGGUCCAGGCCAUGUACCGAGCCACCGGGCAGUCCUACAAACCGGUCCCACCGCUGCAGAACAAAACCACAAACUGCAGAGGAGGACUCCAGAAACCAGCGUCCCCCAUAAGUCUGGAUCCGUCCCAGCGUCAGGGCGUGGAGGAGCUGAUCUCUGCGGCGCCGUGUCGUUUCGACCACGCUGGCCUCUUCACCAUUUUACAGAAACACACUCUGCAGCACCGCAUGAACGACUCCUUCUCCUGCCUGGGUUGGUUCAGUCCCGGUCAGGUGUUCGUCCUGGAUGAGUACUGCGCCCGGUACGGCGUUCGGGGCUGCAGCCGUCACCUGAGCUACCUGAAGGAUCUGAUGGACUAUUCAGAGAACAACGCGCUGGUCGACCCCACGCUGCUGCACUACAGCUACGCCUUCUGCGCCUCUCACGUCCACGGGAACAGGCCCGAUGGGAUGGGGACGGUGACUGUGGAGGAAAAAGAGCAAUUUGAGGCCGUCCGGAGUCGCCUCAUGGCUCUGCUGGAGAACCAGAUCACACACUUUAGGUACUGCUUUCCCUUUGGACGGCCAGAUGGGGCCCUGAAGGCAACGCUCUCGCUGCAGGAACGGGUUUUGAUGAAGGACAUCACCACGCCUGUUCCUCCUGAGGAGAUGAAGAAACUGGUGCAGAAGUGUCUGGAGAACGCAGCUCAAAUCAACUUCAGUCAGCUGAUCGACUACGCCCAGAUCAAGGUGGACCCUCAGGCGGCUCCGGAGAAGCGACUAGAGGACAUGAUGCGACUAGGAGAGCUCUGCAUCGAAGUCCUGCAGCAGAACGAAGAACAUCACUCCGAGGGAAGAGAGGCUUUCUCGUGGUGGCCGGAGCUGAUGGCCGAACACGCCGAGUCCUUCCUGUCUCUGUACAGAGCCAACAUGGACGCCGCCCUGCAGGUCCAGCCUGUCGACUCCUGGGACAGCUUCCCGCUGUUCCAGCUCCUCAACAACUACCUGCGGACUGACGGUCACCUGUGCAAUGGGAUGUUCCACAAACACCUGCAGGACCUGUUCGUCCCCCUGGUGGUGCGCUACAUCGACCUGAUGGAGUCCUCCAUCGCCCAGUCCAUCCACCGCGGCUUUGAGCAGGAGACCUGGCAGUCCGUCAAGUCGUUGACUAACAAUCUAGCGAGCGUCCCUCUUCCCAAAGUCCCCAGCCUCCCUCUCACGCUGCCACAGAUGCCCAGCUUCUCGGCACCCGCCUGGAUGGGACCGCUGUGUGAGAACACCUUGCAAGGGAUAAAUCUACCUGACAUCUUUAAUGGCUCGGCCACCUCGGAGGAUUUGUUCUGGAAGCUGGAUGCUCUGCAGAUGUUCGUGCUGGACCUCCAUUGGCCGGAGCCUGAGUUCGCCAAACAUCUGGAGCAGAGACUCAAGCUGCUGGCGAGCGACAUGAUGGAGGCCUGUGUCAAGAGAACCAAAUCUGCAUUUGAUUCCAAAAUGCAGAAAGCGAGUAAGUCAACGGACUUCCGGGUGCCGUUGUCCGUCUGCACCAUGUUCAACUUGCUGAUGGAAGCCAAGAAGCAGUGCUCCAAGCUCUGCGUGCUGGACACCGGUCAGGAGAUUGACAAACAAUGGGUAAGUUGUUGUUUUUCCUGUCACACAAGCUCCACCUAA